AUGUUCAACCUAAGUAGCCUAUUGAAGGCGACGAGUAUCGCCAAGGCUACAAAAGCUGCAGCACAGGAAAAUGAAAAUGGAGACAAUAACGCAGAAGGGGGAAGCAGCGGGGCCAUCAAAAUAAAUAUAAUGAACAUGCAAGAAUAUAAAACGAAGAAGUUCUUGGAUGAAAGGAAAAAUGUGAAUGCAUGGAGUGCGGCCAACACCAGCGCGAAGAAGCCUGCCAAGGAGCCCAAGAAGAAACCGGAGAAGAAAAAGGUAGAAAAGAAGAAUGAAGAGGCGAAAAAGGAAGAGACGAGUAAAGAAGAAACGAAGAAGGAAGAGACGAAUAAAGAGGAAACGAAGGAUGAAGACAAAAAGGAGGAAGCCAAGAAGGAAGAAACGAUUAAGGAGGAAGCUAAAAAGGACACUGUUAAGAAGGAAGAGGCCAAGAAGGACCCCAAAGUUGAACCCCCCAAAAAAAAAUUCGUGCCCUCGGUGCUCAAACAGAAGGAAGCAGCCAUGGCCAAAGUGGUAAAAGAAGUGAAAAACGAAAAGGUCGAACUGUUCCCCGAUCUUCUGCAAGCAAAAAAAUCGACCAAAACGGAGAAAGAGAAAAAAAAAAAUCAACCACAAAAAAAAAAUAAGAAAGACAAAGCGGAAAAAAAGAAACAAGAGGAGGAAGAAAAUCAAUUCCCUCCAAUCGAGGAAAUAGAAAAAAUCCACUUCAACAUUUUUGACAUUGUGGACAUAAAAAAAGAGUAUGAACGAAUUAUGAGGAAUUCAGACAAGGUCAUGGAGAAAUAUAAAAAUAAAAAAAAAUUUGACGACACGAUGAUUCUUUGUAAUUAG